AUGGCGCCUUCCGAGUCGCUGAUCUCCGCGGAAGCCCCCGCCAUCGGCGGAGACGGCGGAGAUUCCGAGUCGCGCGCGAUUCCAUGGGGCCACCCGGAGCGGCUCGACCUGGCGAUGGGAUCGCUGCUGGACGACAAGACGCGGCUCCGCAAGGACGUGAAGAAGGCGCUUCGAGGAUUGACGGAGGAGCAACGCGCGGCAGAAGUCCUCAAGAGGCGCCUCAAAAGUGCACCCCCCCUCUCUCCUUCCCCUCCUCCCCUUCACCACCACUGCUCCGCGUCUGCCCGUCUUCCCACCGCACUUAUUCUCGUUCCCCCACCACCGCUCCCCUUUCCCGACCUCCUCGCCCCACUUUUGCCCCCCUCAUUCCCCCCUGUUUACUUGAACUCCCUUCCCUCCCUCCCUCCCUCCCUCUCUCCCAAUCUCCCCACCUCCCUCCGUCCUUCCUCAACCCCCCCUAUCCCCCUGAUCGCUUCCGCACAGACGUGGCAGUGCAGCACCACGUGUUGCAAGCUGAUUGCCAGUGUGUUUGUGCCACGUGUCAUGGACAGCGAGAGCCACAUGGUGAUGCUGAAAGUCAACUCUGUGCAGGUGGUGGGGGAAGGGCGGGGAGAGGUGGUUGCGAAGGGGGAGAACGAGCAGGAGCAAGGAGCAGCAGCAGCAGCAGCAGCAGCAGCAGCAGCAGCAGGAGCAGCAGCAGGAGGAGGAGGAGCAGCAGCAGCAGCAGCCGGCGACUUGGAGCGCAAUGGGAUGGGGAUAUUGGAGCCUACCCUGACCCUCACAGAUGGACGGCCACGAUCUGACGUGUACAGUGAACAGGAGCCGUUGGAUCUGAUUCUCGUGCCGGGGUUGGCGUUUGAUCGCAGCGGUGGGAGACUGGGGCGAGGAGGAGGGUACUACGACGUGUUUCUCUCGCAGUACUUGGCGCAUGCCCAGAGCAAGAAGUGGAAGCAGCCUCUCAUAGUGGCUCUGGCCUACAAGGCUCAGAUUCUCUCCUUGCCCCUCCCCAUGGAGACCUCUGACGUCCCAGUUAGUGGCAUCGUGUGUGCUGACGGCUUCCUUGCACCACAUUGA